AAUCCAUCAUGAUAUUCUUCAAAUCAAUCCCUCUUUGUUUCUUGGUCUUCUGUUUUGUCCACCUUUCAGCCAUUGGUGCUUCCCCACUUAAGCAUUUUUGUUUCAGCCCAGAAAACUACACUGCUGAGAGUUCAUACGGUGCCAACUUGAAUUUGUUGUUCAAUCUUUUAUACACAAAAGUUCCUCCUUCUGGCUUUGGCCUUGGUUCAACUGGCCAUGCCCAAAACCAAGUGAAUGGCCUGGCCCUUUGCCGCGGCGAUGUCUCGAGACAAAACUGCAAUACUUGUGUGAUUGGUGCAAGCAAAGAGCUUCUUGAGCGUUGCCCUUAUAGUAAAGGAGCCAUAAUUUGGUAUGAUCAUUGCCUCUUAAAGUACUCAGACGUGAAUUUCUUUGGGCAAAUUGAUAACAAAAACAAGUUCUCUAUGACAAACGUCCAAGCGGUAGAGAAUAAUCCCACACUAUUCAAUGAGAAAGUACAUGAAUUGUUAAGUGGGUUAUCCAAUGAAGCCUCCGAUGCUAAUCCAAAGUUUUAUGCUACCGGCGAGGUACAACUCGAUACAUUCACAACGUUAUAUGGUAUUGCUCAAUGCACAAGGGACCUCUCUAACGUUAAUUGUAAGAAAUGUCUUGAUGUUGCAAUAAGUGAACUGCCAAACUGUUGUGAUGCAAAACGAGGUGGGCGUGUUGUAGGUGGGAGUUGCAAUGUUGGAUUUGAACUUUACCCCAUUGUUGGUACUUAGCUAGAUCAUAAUUGCUAUAAAUAAAUAAAUAAAUUUGUAAUUGGAUCAGUGUAUUAUUAUAUAUGCUACAAACAAAUAAAUGAAGGCUGG